GAAACAAAAAGAGCGGGAAAACCUAAUUUCCAACCCCUAACAAUUACCAUCUCUAUCCCGCCAUUUGCCAUCGUUACUCUCAACUUCACUUUCCCUUACUUCACCCAAAUUCUCUCUCUUCUCAUCCACUUUCUCUCUCCUCAAAUUCGCCGGAAUUCAAUCACAUUAGUUCAAAUAUGAACGGAGAUUUUCGACGACGAGAUAAAAGAGAUGAUCGGAGAACGAAGAAGCAGCAACAAUUAGUUCGAACUGCCGAAGAAGAACUCGAAUCUAAGCUAGGGUUUGAUGUUUUUACCGAAGGCGAUACGCGUCUCGGUUGGUUACUUACUCUAGCAUCUUCGUCGUUGCAAGAUCAGGAUAGCAGAAAUGUGUACAGUUGCGUAGAUUUGUAUUUUGUCACUCAGGACGGGUCUAGUUUUAAGGUGAAGUACAAGUUUCGGCCUUAUUUUUAUGCGGCCACGAAAGAUAAUAUGGAGACUGAUGUAGAGGCGUAUCUUAGACGGCGGUAUGAGAAUGACAUUGCCAACAUAGAAAUUGUGGAGAAAGAAGACCUUGAUCUUAAAAACCACUUAUCAGGGUUACGGAAAACAUACUUGAAGAUAUCAUUUAAUACAGUCCAGCAGUUAAUGAGUGUAAAGAAUGACCUGUUGCGAGUAGUUGACAGAAACAAAACAAAGUUUGAAGCAGCUCAAGCUUAUGAGUCGAUCAUCACUGGAAAAGGGCAGCAAAGGCCUCAUGAUUUUAUGGAUUGCAUAACUGAUCUCCGCGAGUAUGAUGUUCCUUAUCAUGUUCGAUUUUGCAUUGACAAUGAUAUGAGGUGUGGACAAUGGUACGAUGUUAGUAUAUCUAGCACUGGUGUUCUGCUUGAGAAGAGGAUUGAUCUGCUUCAACGUGCUGAAGUUCAUGUCUGUGCAUUUGACAUAGAGACUACAAAGCUUCCUCUUAAAUUUCCAGAUGCUGAGUAUGAUUUGAUAAUGAUGAUCUCAUACAUGGUUGAUGGACAAGGAUAUUUGAUAAUAAACAGAGAGUGUGUUGGGGAAGAUAUAGAGGAUCUGGAGUACACUCCGAAACCAGAAUUUGAAGGAUGUUUCAGAGUUACAAACGUGAAAAAUGAGGAAGAGCUUUUAAGAAGCUGGUUUUCUCAUAUGCAAGAAGUAAAACCUGGUAUAUAUGUUACAUACAACGGAGAUUUCUUUGACUGGCCAUUUUUGGAAACCAGAGCGGCCCAGCAUGGUCUUAAAAUGAGUGAUGAGAUUGGUUUUCAGUGUGACAAGGUUCAAGGUGAGUGCCGUGCCAGAUUUUCCUGCCACCUGGAUUGCUUUGCCUGGGUGAAGCGUGACAGCUAUCUUCCUCAGGGAAGUCAGGGCUUGAAGGCUGUUACAAAAGCGAAAUUAGGUUAUGACCCAUUGGAGGUGAAUCCUGAAGAUAUGGUUCGUUUUGCGAAAGAGAAGCCUCAGAUGAUGGCCUCUUAUUCUGUUUCUGAUGCUGUCUCAACUUAUUACUUGUAUAUGACAUAUGUUCAUCCUUUCAUAUUCUCCCUUGCUACUAUUAUACCCAUGCCUCCAGAUGAGGUUUUGCGGAAAGGAAGUGGAACUCUUUGUGAGAUGCUGUUGAUGGUCCAGGCAUUCAGCGCAAAUGUUAUCUGUCCUAACAAACACCAAUCUGAACCCGAAAAAUUCUACAACAAUAAACUUUUGGAGAGUGAGACGUAUAUUGGUGGUCACGUGGAGUGUCUUGAGAGUGGUGUUUUUAGAUCUGAUAUUCCAAGUAGUUUUAAACUCGAUCCAUCUGCAUAUCAGCAACUAAUUGACAACCUUGAUCGUGAUCUGCAAUAUGCUAUUAAAGUGGAGGGAAAGAUGGAUUUGGAUAUAGUCUCAAAUUAUGAUGAAGUCAAAGGUGCAAUUAAAGAAAAGCUUGCUAAUUUACGAGAUGAACCUGUACGUGAAGAAUGCCCCCUCAUUUAUCAUUUGGAUGUUGCUGCUAUGUACCCAAAUAUUAUCCUGACAAACAGGCUUCAGCCACCGUCAAUAGUUACAGAUGAGGAGUGCACUGCUUGUGAUUUCAAUCGCCCUGGAAAAACUUGUCUUCGGAAGCUAGAAUGGGUUUGGCGUGGAGAAACUUACACAGCAAAGAAAAGUGAUUAUCGCCAUUUGAAGAGGCAAAUUGAAUCAGAAUUGGUGGAUAGCAUUCAUGGGCAAUUUUCUAAGUCUUUCCUUGACCUCCCAAAAGCAGAGCAACAGUCUAAGCUAAAGGAUCGCCUUAAAAAAUACUGUCAAAAGGCUUAUAAGCGGGUUCUUGACAAGCCUGCUACUGAGCUUCGAGAAGCUGGGAUCUGUAUGAGAGAAAAUCCUUUUUAUGUUGAUACUGUGCGCAGCUUCCGAGAUAGAAGAUACGAAUAUAAAGGACUUAAUAAAGUUUGGAAGGGAAAGUUAUCUGAAGCAAAAGCAAGCGGAAAUCCUAUUAAAAUCCAAGAAGCACAGGAUAUGGUCAUUGUAUAUGAUUCUUUGCAGCUUGCUCACAAGUGUAUCCUCAAUUCCUUCUAUGGAUAUGUCAUGCGCAAGGGUGCAAGAUGGUACUCCAUGGAAAUGGCUGGGGUGGUCACUUACACCGGAGCAAAAAUAAUUCAAAACGCUCGCUUGUUGGUUGAGAAAAUUGGUCGACCACUUGAGCUAGAUACAGAUGGAAUUUGGUGUGCGUUACCUGGGUCAUUUCCAGAAAACUUCACCUUCAAAACAAUAGAUGCAAAGAAGAAGCUGACAAUAUCUUAUCCUUGUGUUAUGCUUAACGUAGAUGUAGCGAGAAAUAAUACAAAUGAUCAGUAUCAGACACUGAAAGAUCCUGCCAAUAGAACAUAUGCUACUCAUAGUGAGUGCUCGAUUGAGUUUGAAGUGGAUGGGCCUUACAAGGCAAUGAUAAUUCCAGCGUCCAAGGAAGAAGGGAUACUAAUCAAGAAGCGGUAUGCAGUUUUUAAUGAUGAUGGUACGCUUGCAGAGCUUAAAGGUUUUGAGAUCAAGCGCAGAGGUGAGCUUAAGCUCAUCAAAGUUUUCCAGGCUGAGCUCUUUGACAAAUAUCUGAAUGGAUCCACUUUAGAAGAAUGCUAUGCUGCAGUUGCUACUGUUGCUGAUCGCUGGCUUGAUCUUCUCGAUAAUCAAGGGAAAGACGUAGCAGACAGUGAGCUGCUACAUUAUAUUUCUGAAUCAAGCACAAUGAGCAAGUCUUUGGCAGACUAUGGUGAACAGAAAUCUUGUGCAGUAACCACUGCUAAGCGUCUUGCUGAUUUUCUUGGAGAUGCGAUGGUCAAAGACAAAGGACUUCUUUGUCAGUACAUAGUUGCAUCUGAGCCGAAGGGAACACCAGUAAGUGAGAGAGCAAUUCCUGUUGCAAUAUUCGAAACUGAACCUGAACUUAUGAAAUUCUACGUGCGGAAAUGGUGCAAGAUUUCAUCGGAUGUCGGCAUAAGAUCCAUCAUUGAUUGGUCUUAUUACAAACAACGUCUAAGUUCAGCCAUUCAGAAAAUUAUCACCAUUCCAGCUGCAAUGCAAAAGGUUGCAAAUCCUGUACCUAGGGUGGCUCAUCCUGAUUGGCUACAUAAGAAAGUUCGAGAAAAGGAAGACAAGUUUCGCCAAAAAAAGAUAAAGGAUAUAUUUUCUUCUAAGCGGGAUGCAAUAGCAAAGACUGGUGCUACUUCCAACUUCGUAGAUAAUGGAAUAGAUAUACACAAAGUUCCGGAUUUGGAAGACUUUGGAAACUCAGGUGGAACUGGGGUUGGUAGUAGACCUGUUGUGCAUAGCUAUGAAGUAUAUGGUCGACAAUCGUUGCAGACAACGGUUUUACCUCACAAAAGUCAUCAUGAAAGUAUAGAUACUUAUGACAGUAGCAAUAUUGAAGAAAUAGAUAAGAGUGAAGACUAUGCAGGAUGGCUUGAGCAGAAGAAGCGAAAGUGGAAAGAGAACCGAGAGAAAAGGAAGAGACAAAGGUUGUCUAAUGGAAAGGCAUCAAAACAAGCUACUGGUGUUUCUGAGUUACACCAGACUUUGACUAAUCAGAAAAAAAAUGUGGGAAAAACUGGAGUUACUUCAUACUUCAAAAGGCAAGAAUUAUCCCUCACAAGUAGCUAUUGGCAGGUUUUGCAGCUUGUCCCAAGUGAUUCUCCUGGUCAAUAUUUCGCUUGGGUUAUUGUGGAUGGUAGCAUGCUUAAGAUUCCAGUCAUUGUUCCUAGAGUAUUCUAUCUCAACUCUAAAGCUCCAAUAACUGAAGAAUUUCCUGGAAAAUGUGUUAACAAGAUUCUUCCUCAUGGACACCGCAGCUACAACUUGAUUGAGAUUGUAAUUGACGAGACAGAAUUUAGAGAAGAAAGCAAAAGACUUAUGGCUCAUCUUGCAGAUCCCGAAGUUGAGGGCAUAUAUGAAACCAAGGUGCCACCAGAAUAUAAUGCUGUCCUUCAGAUUGGUUGUGUCUGCAAAGUAGAUAAAGCAGCAAAAAAACGAAACGCUCAAGCUGUCUGGAGUCUAAAUGAACUGCAGAUGAAAACCACGACGGAGUGUCGUUAUCUGGACAAUUCCCUCUCUUUCUUUUACUUGUAUCACAGUUGCUGUGAAGGACGAGCAGUAUAUGGUGGAUAUUUCCCUGCAUCUAACAUGAUUUCUUUUGUUGUGGUGGAUCCUCAUCAUAACAGAAGUUUGAAUCCCACUAACAUUAAGAGAUUUUAUCAUGAAGCUUGCCAAGCUUUAUCUGUGGAACCUUCAGUUUCUCAGGGUGUUAUAUCAUACAAGGUGGACUAUGUUGUUCAAAAUGAUGAAGCUGAAAAAAUCAUGCAGAAAACAAUAAGUGGACACAGGCCGCACAAUCACAGACCCGGACUGGCUGUUAUUGAGUGUCCAAAUGUUUCUCUUUUGAAGUCAGGUAUACAAGCAUUAAAUGAUCUCCCAUGUGUGACCAUCCCUGCCAAUGCUCGUGAUUGUCACUAUCCGGCUCUUGGGUGGCAAACUGUGGCUGCAAAAGUUGCAGUGCAGCGAUGCGCAGCAUCAUCGCAAUGGCUAAAUGAGAGGAUUUCUCUCUCAAGAUAUGCACAUGUGCCCCUGGGGAACCUUGAACUUGACUGGAUUAUAUACACUAUAGAUAUGUUCUUCUCAAGAGCAUUACGUGAUCACCAACAGGUACUUUGGAUUUCUAAUGAUGGUCUUCCGGAUCUUGGCGGCUUCAGUGAAGAGGACUCAUGCUUUGUUGAUGAGGUCCAUCAACCUGUUGUGAUAUACCCUGGAGCAUACAGAAAGGUUUCCGUGGAGCUAAAGAUCCAUCACUUGGCUGUCAAUGCUCUAUUGAAGAGCAGCCUUAUCAAUGAAAUAGAGGGCACUGGUUUACAUGGUUUUGAGCAAGAUACAGACUCUGAUCUAGGCACAUCCAGUGAGCAAUACAGCUUUGAUGAGGGCACCUCCUGUGGACCUGCAUUUCGGGUCCUGAAACAACUAGUUCAAAGAUGCUUGCAAGAUGCAAUCACAUCAGGAAAUGUAUUUGCUGAUGCAAUAUUACAACAUCUUUAUCGGUGGCUUUGCAGCCCACAAUCGAAGCUUCAUGAUCCAGCUAUAUAUAGAAUGCUGUGCAAGGUGAUGCAAAAGGUGUUUGCAUUACUUUUGGCAGAGUUCCGCAAAUUGGGAGCUACGGUCAUUUUUGCAAAUUUUUCCAAGGUUAUCUUAGACACUGGAAAAGCUGACUUAGCUGCAGCAAGAGCUUACUGUGAUAGUGUGCUUAAAGCACUACAGACAAGGGACUUAUUUGAGUGGAUUGAGAUUGAAUCACUGCACUUCUGGCACUCUUUGCUUUUUAUGGACCAGUACAAUUAUGGAGGGAUACAGGCCAAAGACCAUGAUGAAUCUUCUGCCAGCAUUUCUGCGUCCUCUCGCGGAUGCUUACCUGGUGAUCUUCAAGUGGACAUUGUGUCCAGUUGGAAUAUUGCUGAACACUUGCCAAAGAGUUCUCAAGACCAAUUUGUUGUGAUGGUCUCUGAGUUCAUGUAUAAACCAUGGGAGUAUGCUUUGAAUCAUGUUGCAAGUGAUGCAUUUGAUGAAGAUGGUGACUUAUGCACACCGUCAAUUACAAUUCCUCUUGCUGAGAAGUUCGAGUCACAUCUGACUGGAUAUCUCAAAGAUCAGAUCAGCUCUUAUUUCUCCGAUAAACUUUUUAUGAUUGUUCGUGAGAUCAUUCAUCAUUCAAAAGGAAUGAAGAGGCCUCAAGACGAUGAUGAAUUGUUACAAGUGGACCAUCAGCUAAGCGGUAAUGUUCAAACAGGGGAUGCUGCAUUGGAAUUUAUCAAACAUGUCUGUGCUGUGUUGGCUUUGGACCAAAAUGUUCAACAUGAUGUCCUGGUCAUGAGAAGGAAUUUGUUAAGAUUAAUACGUGUAAGAGAGUUCGCUCCAGAAGCAGAAUUUUCUCCUUCACCAUCAUCUUUUAUAUUGCCAAAUAUAAUCUGCAGCUAUUGCAAUGAUGUUCGAGACCUCGACCUGGGAAGGGAUCCAUCAUUACUGACGCAGGAGUGGCGAUGUACAGUGCCACAUUGCGGGCAGCCUUACAAUAGAGAGAUGAUGGAAAACUCUCUUCUUCAAAUUGUGAGGCAGCGAGAACGCCUAUAUCAUCUACAAGACUUGGUAUGUGUCAAGUGUCAUAUGGUGAAAGAUAGUCACUUGACUGAGCAAUGCAAAUGUGCCGGUGCAUUCAAGUGUCUGGAAGACGCAUCUGAAUUCCGCAGAAAAAUGCAAGUUUUCUACAAAAUAGCAGUAAAACAAAAUUUUCAGCUUUUGAAAGAAUGUAUAUCUUGGAUUCUAGAAAUUAGAUAAUCCAAUGUAUCUAUUUUUACUAGAAGAGGUUAUUGAUUGUAUGUAUAUAUAUUGCAAUGUAGUUAUGUACAUAGCUAUUUUUAUAUAUGUAUAAAAAAAUGUGCAAGUAUUAUUAUUUUUACUUAGGUUCCUUAGGACUCUUGGUCAUUCGAUUCAUGAGGCAGAAAGCCUUUUCUUUUACCACUUUGUAAGUUGUUACAUAAAAGUCCUAAAUCUAAAGAUGAAAUCAUCUUUUUCCAU